AUGCUGCGUAAAAUUGUCGGAAAUCUGCUGGUGAAUGGCUCGAGAACGGUUUCAUUUUCGACAACGAUUCGCAGAAAUAUCGGGAUUCCGUUUGUCAUCGACAAUGAAGGAAAAGGCGAAAGAACCUAUGAUAUUUAUUCGAGACUUUUAAGAGAUCGAAUUGUUUGCCUCAUGACACCGGUGGAUGAUUUCAUGGCUUCAGCUCUGAUUGCUCAAUUGCUAUUUCUUCAGAGUGAAAGUGGAAAGAAGCCGAUUCACAUGUACAUCAAUAGUCCAGGAGGAAGUGUGACUGCUGGUCUCGCCAUCUACGACACCAUGCAAAUGAUUAGUGCACCAGUCGCCACAUGGUGUAUCGGACAAGCUUCUUCGAUGGGAUCACUGUUGCUCGCCGCUGGUGAGAAGGGAAUGCGCACGACACUUCCGAAUGCUCGGAUUAUGGUUCAUCAGCCAAGUGGUGGUGCACAGGGAACAUGUUCGGAUAUUGUGAUUCGCGCCGAGGAAAUCCAAAGAUUGAAGAAAAGAUUAAAUGAAAUUUAUGUUCACCACACUGGAAUGUCGUAUGAGGAAAUAGAACGAUCAUUAGACCGCGAUCGCUUUAUGAGUGCUCACGAAGCCUUGAAAUUUGGUAUUGUCGAUAAAAUUGAGACCCACGGAGGAUCGAUGCCUACUGAGUGA